CAUGGAGAAGAAACAUGAAACAUUAGAGAAUCUGAAAAAAGAAUCUGAAGUAGAUGAACAUAAAAUAUCUUUAGAAGAAUUAUACAGGAGAUUUAAUACUGACCCUAAGAAAGGACUGACAAGUGAACAAGCCAAAGAAUACCUUGCCCGAGACGGCCCAAACGCUUUAUCCCCUCCAUACCAAACCCCCGAAUGGAUAAAGUUCAUGAAAAUAAUGUUUGGUGGAUUUGCCCUGUUGCUCUGGGCAGGAUCAAUUCUCUGUUUUAUUGCCUAUGCUGUUCAGGCUGGAACCCUUGAAGAUCCGCCAGAUGAUAACUUAUACCUUGGUAUAGUUUUGGCUGUGGUAGUUAUAGUUACAGGAGUAUUUUCCUACUAUCAAGAAAGCAAGUCAUCUUCUAUCAUGGACUCAUUUGCAAGUUUGGUUCCUCAGUAUGCAUUAGCGUACAGAGAUGGAGAAAAAGUAACUAUUAAAGCUGACGAGCUGGUGGUUGGUGAUAUUGUUGAAAUUAAAUUUGGGGACAGGGUGCCUGCUGAUAUACGGGUUCUAGAAGCAAGGUCUUUUAAGGUUGACAAUUCCUCCUUAACUGGUGAAUCUGAACCACAGUUAAGAACUCCAGAAUUCACAAAUGAGAAUCCCCUCGAAACCAAGAAUCUGGCGUUUUUUUCAACCAAUGCCAUCGAGGGAACUUGCAAAGGCUGUGUUGUAAGUUGUGGAGAUAAAACUGUAAUGGGAAGAAUUGCUGGGUUAGCGUCUGGACUAGAAAGCGGAGAAACUCCUAUUGCAAAAGAAAUUCACGACUUUAUAAACAUCAUCACUAGUAUUGCAGUCUUCCUUGGAGUUCUCUUCUUCAUCAUUGCCUUUUGCAUUGGAUAUAAUUGGCUUGAUGCUGUCAUAUUUUUAAUAGGAAUAAUUGUAGCAAAUGUACCUGAAGGACUCCUCGCAACUGUGACAGUAUGCUUGACAUUGACUGCCAAAAGAAUGGCAGCUAAAAAUUGUUUAGUUAAAAAUUUAGAGGCUGUUGAAACACUAGGAUCUACAUCUGUGAUUUGUUCUGAUAAAACUGGAACUCUAACACAGAACAGAAUGACCGUAGCACACAUGUGGUUUAACAAUAAUAUUGUUGAAGCAGACACUUCAGAGGACCAGUCUGGUAAGAGCUUUGACAAAAAAAGCAAGGGUUGGCAAUACCUUGAAAGAGUUGCAAUGCUUUGCAACCGAGCAGAGUUCAAGAGUGGUCAGGAUACUAUCCCAAUUCUUUCAAGGACAGCUGAUGGAGAUGCUUCUGAAACUGCCCUUCUAAAAUGCACUGAGCUUUCUCAUGGGAAUGUCUUGGCAUACAGAAAUAAAAAUGAAAAAGUUUGCGAGGUUCCAUUUAACUCCACUAACAAGUUCCAAGUAUCAAUUCAUGAGACAGAUGAUAAUGAUACAAGAUAUUUACUUGUUAUGAAAGGGGCUCCUGAAAGAAUUAUUGAUUGUUGUUCCACUAUCCAUAUUGAUGGACAAGAUCUUGAAAUGACUGAAUACUGGAAAGAAGAAUUUACAACUGCCUACAUGAAGCUUGGAGGUAUUGGAGAGAGAGUUUUAGGGUUUUGUGACUACCGUCUGGAUUCCAACAAAUAUCCAAGAGGAUUUCCUUUUAAUGCUGAUGAAAUUAACUUUCCAAUAAAGGAUCUCAGGUUUGUUGGACUCAUGUCUAUGAUAGAUCCUCCAAGAGCAGCAGUUCCUGAUGCAGUUUCUAAGUGCAGGGCUGCAGGUGUGAAGGUUAUUAUGGUUACAGGAGAUCACCCUAUUACAGCCAAAGCUAUUGCCAAAACUGUUGGAAUCAUAUCUGAAGGAACAUAUACUGUGGAAGAUAUUGCAGAGAAGCUGAAGAUAGAUGUAUCUCUAGUAAAUCCCAGAGAUGCCAAGGCAGCAGUGAUACAUGGAGGCCAGCUAAAAGAUAUGGACUCCGAUGCUCUUGAUGAUGUUCUCAGAAAUCACAGUGAGAUAGUAUUUGCAAGGACAUCACCUCAACAAAAACUUCUCAUUGUUGAAGGCUGUCAGCGUCUAGGCGCUAUUGUUGCAGUAACCGGAGAUGGUGUCAAUGAUUCUCCAGCUCUAAAAAAGGCUGACAUUGGAGUUGCCAUGGGCAUUUCUGGUUCAGAUGUCUCCAAACAGGCAGCUGAUAUGAUACUUUUGGAUGACAACUUUGCAUCUAUUGUUACAGGAGUUGAGGAGGGUCGACUUAUAUUUGACAACCUAAAGAAAUCAAUAGUAUACACACUGACUUCAAACAUUCCUGAAAUUGCUCCUUUCCUGCUUUUUAUUCUGGCUGAAAUUCCACUUGCGUUAGGAACUGUCACUAUCCUUUGCAUAGAUUUAGGAACAGAUAUGUUUCCUGCAAUAUCAGUGGCUUAUGAAGAAGCUGAAUCCGACAUCAUGAAGAGAAUGCCUAGAAAUCCGUUCACAGAGAAACUUGUCAAUGAUAAACUUAUCUCUACAGCAUAUGGAAUGAUUGGGAUGAUUGAGGCGGCAGCAGGGUUCUUCACUUAUUUCGUAAUUUUAGCAGAAAAUGGGUUCUGGCCUUUACGAUUAAUCGGUAUUCGAAGAAAUUGGGAAGCUAAAUCUAUAAAUGAUCUGGAAGACUCUUAUGGCCAGGAGUGGACAUAUCGGGAGAGAAAGAUUCUUGAGUAUACCUGCCACACUUCCUUCUUUGUAGCCAUUGUUGUUGUCCAGUGGGCUGAUCUCAUAAUUCAUAAAACUAGAAGCAUCUCAGUUUUUCAACAGGGGAUGAAAAAUUGGAUAAUGAAUGCUGCCCUGGUGUUUGAAACUCUGUUGGCAGCCUUCCUAUCCUACUGUCCUGGGAUGGAUAUAGGAUUAAAGAUGUACCCCUUGAAGAUAAACUGGUGGAUUCCUGCUAUACCCUUCUCCGUCCUUAUUUUUGUUUUCGACGAAGUAAGAAAAUUGUGGAUACGAAAAAAUCCUGGUGGCUGGAUGGAGGAGGAAACGUAUUUUUAAACCUAUUUUUAUUCUAUAAUUUUUAUUAAGUAUUAUUCAUUAUCAUUCAUCAUUCAUCAUUCCAUCCUUUCUCCCUCAUUUGUUGAAUAUUUUUAUAUCAUGAGUCUCAUCCAAUAUUUCACAAAGGUUUUUUUAAUUUAACCAAUGUUCAUCCCAUUCUCUGAGUUUCUUUAGAAAAAGUCUAAUUUAUCAAUGCAAAAUGUCUUAUCAACGUAUUCAAUGUAUGUAAUAUGUAUCAUGUCAUAAAAUGAAAAUAAAGAACAAUGUCAUUUGA